AUGAGAUUCUUCAUGAUCGCCCUCUUCUUCUGUUUCAUCUCGAACGUCUUCGCAUGGCACUACGGGGAUCGUGUUGCAUUGGCUGACGAUGAAUAUGAUCCAGAAGCUGUGGCCAACCGUCAACAGAUUGCCAAGGAGUACUUGAUUCGUGAGAAGUUCCGUACCCGUGUUCGUGAGCAGAUUGCCAAAGAAGAACUUCGUCAUAUGUAUCAAAGAGAGAAGAUUCGCAGAGCUAUGGAGGACUUCAAUGAUAAUUAA